AGAGUGGAAGGCGGGUUCAAACGCAGGGCUUCGCCGAGCGAGAAACAUUGGAGCUGAAAAGAUUUAAAGGAGAACACAGAAACAAAUAGACAUUCUCUUUUAGCUUGUUGUUUCCGACAGGAAGCUUGUAAAAUAUUAUUUCUUCGCUGCGGGUUUAUGCGGAGGCGGCGGGGGAAGGAAUCGGCGAUUCCGAAGAGGGGAAAGGGGGGGUUUGGGGAAGCUUUUGCGUCGUCAGGUCAAAAUGUCGAUUCAGUACGAAGAACCGCUGGCGGACAGCUACGGGGUGGUGGACUCCUUUCCCAAAGACUUCGGCUACGGGGUGGAGGAGGCCGAUAUCGACGACAAUCCGGCGCCUUCCGACAGCAAACCCAGGAUACUAUUAAUGGGGCUGCGGCGGAGCGGCAAGUCCUCCAUACAGAAGGUGGUUUUCCACAAGAUGUCUCCCAACGAGACACUCUUUCUAGAGAGCACCAACAAGAUCUACAAAGAUGACAUCUCCAACAGUUCCUUCGUUAACUUCCAGAUCUGGGAUUUUCCUGGUCAAGUAGACUUCUUUGAUCCCACCUUUGACUACGAGAUGAUAUUCAGGGGCACUGGGGCCUUGAUAUUCGUCAUUGAUGCACAGGAUGACUACAUGGAGGCACUGGGCAGAUUGCACCUCACUGUGUCCAGGGCGUACCGAGUCAACCCUGAGAUAAACUUCGAGGUCUUCAUUCACAAAGUAGAUGGCUUGUCUGAUGACCACAAAAUUGAGACGCAACGUGACAUUCAUCAGCGAGCUAACGAUGACCUGGCUGAUGCCAGUCUGGAGAAGCUGCACCUCAGUUUUUACUUGACAAGCAUCUAUGACCACUCAAUAUUUGAAGCAUUCAGCAAAGUCGUGCAGAAACUCAUCCCCCAGCUCCCGACCCUGGAGAACCUUUUGAACAUCUUCAUAUCUAAUUCGGGGAUAGAAAAGGCCUUCCUCUUUGAUGUGGUCAGCAAAAUCUACAUUGCCACAGACAGCUCGCCAGUGGACAUGCAGUCAUAUGAGCUGUGCUGCGACAUGAUUGAUGUGGUUAUUGAUGUCUCCUGUAUUUAUGGCUUGAAAGAGGAUGGCAGUGGCAGUGCAUAUGACAAAGAAUCCAUGGCCAUCAUCAAACUCAACAACACCACCGUCCUGUACCUGAAGGAGGUCACCAAGUUCCUUGCACUCGUCUGUAUCCUUAGAGAGGAAAGCUUUGAGAGGAAAGGUUUAAUAGACUACAAUUUCCAUUGUUUCCGCAAAGCCAUCCAUGAGGUGUUUGAGGUGGGAAUCUCUACCCAGCGAAUAGGCUCCCUGUUGUCCAAUACACCCAACAUGAAGGCAGUAACGCACAAUGGCACUCCAAGGAGCCCUGUGUAGCGUGUGUGUGUCUGUGUGUAUGUAUGUGUGUGUGAGUGUGAGUGUGUGAGAGAGAGAAAGAAAGACAGAAAUGGACAGGUGGAGGGGGACACAACAGUACAUUAAUUAUAUCUUUGGUCCCGAAGCCUUACCCACAAAAUGAAGAGUUGAGGACUGCAAAGGCUAUACUGGAAUGUAGAGAUAAAGAAGACCUCUAAAACUGGCACGUGAUGCAACGGCACAGGAAACUAAAAGGUAGCCUGUUUGUGGGACUCCAAGGCAUCGACACAUGACCAGCAAAAGAGAAUUUCAGCAAUUUGUCAAGUGUGCAUCGGAACUUACUUUUAAAAAGGCCUGACUACUGUAAGAGGGAAUUCUGGAAGAGUUUGAUAGUUGCAGGUUCUUUUUGCUUGAAAGUCCAUUUUGAAAAUGCGUAAAGAUUUAUUCCUUACUAAAGAUAAAGAACUAAGUGGGAUGAGGCUGGUGUCUAACCAAUUGUGGACCAAGCUGGGAGAAAGACUUGGUUUCACCGAAACAUUAACACUUCAAAGGCAUCAUGAUACCGUUUGGGUCUUGCGAACCUACACCAUUCCCACUGCUUCCCCCCCCCCCUUCCCCUAUAUAAUGUGUUUGCUGACUUUUUCAUAUGUUUUCAGAGUGUACCUACGUAUGAGGGAAAGGGUGAGUGUACAUGUGAGUGGUGUUUCUGUAAGGGCACUGAAAGUUGAACUUACCUGAUUCUUUUUGAACUUUGACCUUUUAUUUUCCUAAACCCUAAUCACACAUGAACAUGUGGAGCUGCUUUGGCUGAAGGGAAAUGUUUGAGACACUGCAGUGGGUUUUCACGAGUACUUUACUGGAGAACACAAACUGGCACAAUCAAUGUCAUUAAAAAGCCCAUUCCAAGCAUGUCUGUGGAAAAAUGUUGCUUAUAGUUGUUUUGUGUUAAUGUGGCUCAUUGUAUUUUAACGUGGGGGGAAUUGAGAUCAGUCAAUCCAAAAAAUGUGACCAAACUGCUCACUUGUUCAGUGGAGGUAAGACAGCCGUUAUGUAGCUUGUCUGUUUUUGCUUUUUAGGGCAUUUGGGGUGUGUGGUGAUUUAGUGUCACAUAUCUCCGCCGGAAGAAACUCUUCACACAUUACCACUUAAGUUCUGCCAUUUUAUCAUGCACAACAAUAAAAUCACCUGUGCAUCUGCAAA